AUGAAUCCAAGUCCCCCGUUAACCGGAGGCGAGACAGCUGAACCACCAGGAGAAAUGGCAACUGGUUCUGUCCAGCCAAUGGAAAUCGACGCACCGUCUAAUGGACAACUAGUAUCAUCUUCUGAAGGAUCUGAAGAUCUCCCGAAUGGAUCUGUACCAGUGGCCACUAAGGAAGCGGUCACGUCUUCUGAAGAUGUGACGACCAAUGACUCUGAGAUCGUUGUUGUUGAUGGUGCCACGUCAUCUGAAAGUUCUGAAGAUUCGAAGAAGUCAAAUGGAUCCGGAGUUGUGGCUAUCGAUGAUUUGAAGAAGGAUGAGAGCCCAAUGCCUUCUGAAAAUGCGAUGACGAAUGGAUCUGAUCGUGUAUCUGUUGAAGAGUCUACUGGUGGAUCUGAUGUGAUGGUAUCUAAUGGAGAGAAGACGGAUGAACAGACCAAGUCUAAUGGACAUUCGGCGACUAGUUCUGAGCGUGUUUCAGUUGAUCAAGAGACGCAUUCUGAAACUUCUGAGCAAUCUUCCGACGACUCAGAUCUAUUUAUUGUCUGCGAAGAGAAGAAUGAACAGAAGAAGGAGCAGCCGACGACGACAUCAUCAGCAAGUUCUCAAUUGUCGCCUAAUGAAUAUUUGAGGGCUUUGGUUUCCAACGUAGAAGAGAAAAAGGAGGAGGAACCAGCUACAUCUGUCGAAGAGUCUCGUGAAUCUUCCAAUGGAGAUAAAGUGAUGGAGACCGAUGAAAAGAAGAUGGAGUCGGCGACGUCUUCUAGUGAGAAACAAAUUCCAGAAGUAUCGAUGACAAAUGAAUCUGAACACGUGGCUUCUACUGGAGAGAAAAAAGAAGAAGAGCCGCCAACGUCGUCUAGAAUCUUGAAUCGUGGAGAAGAACUGGAUCGACAACUGGCUCGUAGAGGAAAACCAGGAAGACCGAGGAAAGUUCAUGCUCCGCCUUGUGAAGUUUCUGCUGAAUUGUCUGGAGGACCUGUUCAAAACCUGCGGAAUAAGAGAGGACGUCCCUCGAUGUCUACAGGAUCUGAUGAAUCAUCGAACUCUGUUUCGUCCACUUCCGACGAAUCUUUUGAUGAAGGAAAAUCUCCGAAGCCGAAAAAGUUGAAAUUGGACGGCACAGAAGAUAUGCGGUCACAUAACAGAAAGAAGGCUCCCGAUAAUCGUGUUCCAAUCCUUAAAAUGAAACCAUGGGAUGUCCAUCCGUAUUCCCGUGAAUGGAUGGCAGCAUCUUGUCUGCUCUCCGCUCAUGAGGAGCUUCAGUUACCAAUGUCUGAAGAAGCCGCGAAGAAGAUUGAGAAAUGGACAGGACCAGUGAAGGAGAGACAUUGCUACUCCUACGAAUUUCCACUUGACGAGAUGCUGCCAAUGCCUGAUGAGUUUCGUGGAUUGGAAAAGAAAAUGGCUGAGAUGGUUCAGGCUGACGCGAUUCCAAUGCCCAAUUCAGCCACCACAAGACCAAACGACCAACCUGCUCCAUCUGACUCGACACCAACCAGAAAAUCUGGUACUCCGGCUACUAAAAAAUCAGCCUCCAAUCCACGCAAAAAGGAAAUUCACAUCCCAAAGUCCAUCCACUUCACUGGUUCCCCAUAUCUCGAUUCAUUGAAUUCGACCAGUGAUGAGAUCAUCGAGAAAGCAAAACUAUAUCAGAAAACUGGUAUCAAUCAUGUGUAUGCUGAUAUUGACAAUGAAAAAAAUAUGUUCCUAUUCGAUGAAAAAAGUGACUUGGUGGAUAAGGAACUGAAGGUCUUCGCAAAAUACGGACAUGAAGACAAUCUCGAGUCAAGAGGAUACUUGCCAGUGGCCACGUAUACUGUCGAAACAGGAUCAGAUGAGGAAAUGGCGAAGGUUGAAAAGAUCAUCAAUGGCACUAGCAUGUGCUUGAUCAAGAACAUCGGCAACGUCAUUGGUCUCGAUGCCGAUCAGUUCUCGGUGGAGAAGUUCAAGGAGAUUGCCAAGGAUUACGAUUUGACAGUGCUCCGGAUGAUUCCGCAACCAACUUCAUCAAAUUUCCCUACACAUGGAAAAAGCAUUAAGAAAGAGCAACUGUCAUCAAAAUGGAGAAGUAACCACUACAAGCAUAAAGUAGCUUUCAAGGAGUUUGCCAAAUAUAUCACUAAUCUUCGCAAACAGUCGACUAAUGUUUAUCUCGCGAUCAUCGAGCAUCCCGAACACACAGAUGACAUCAUGAAACAAUUUGCAACAUUCAUACAGACGGAGUUGACGAUGGAAAAUCACGGAUGCAUAACCCAUUCCCAAGCUACCCUGAUCGCCUUCGGAACUAAUAUGGACCUUGAUGACUAUAAAAAAUUCCCGGUCCAAGCAGAGAACGUAGCCAAGUUCCCGCACUUCCUGGCACCAGAUGGAACCCGGACUCUUCUCGGUUACACCAAAGAGUCAAUUCCAGGACUGAACAAGCCACAACUCUAUCUGAAGGUACCAGGAGUCAGAACUGGUGCUCACUUGGAGAACAGUGGUCUCGGCUCCGUCAAUCAUAGCCUUGGGCCAUCCACCUCUUGUUGGUAUGGGGUACCUUUGGAGUUCGUUGGACAACUCCAAAAGAUGGCCAAAUGCAAGCUUGGGAUGAACUUGGAACGAGGCCAAAUCUACAAGCAAGAGUUUUGGCCAUUUGAAGGCGAUCUCCUUCAAGCGAAAAUUCCAGUCCAAAAGUUCCUUCAAAGGAAAGGAGACAUGGUCUUUGUCGGGCCUGGAACAUUCCACUGGGUUCAAGCCAAUGGAUUUGCCCACAAUAUCUCCUGGAAUGUUGGGCAACCAACGUUCAUCCAAUUGGCCGUCGCAGGCAUCAUGCAUGAUAACUAUGUGGCCAACAAGGACACGUCUAUCAUGCCAAUCGAGACGAUCCUCUGGGAAAUGAUUCGGGAGAAAGCGCCGAUGGAUCUAAAGAUGAAAAAGUUGGUGAAGGCGAUGCUCAUGAGAAGCCUCACCAAAGCUCAAAUGGAGCUAGACUUCCUUGAUGCACAUGGCCUGCAAGUGGAAGAUGCGGCCACCAAUCCAUAUGUGCAUACAGUUGAAAGAUGCUGGAAGUGCAGAGAGUGCCUCAACAACUUCGUUGGUUUCGGAGAUGCGAAGGUCCCAACCCCAGAUACAAAUACGUUCGAAAUUAUCAAUCAUCCACAUUGCUUCCAGUGUCUUCCAAAUUCACGAUUCAAGCUGCAGUACUUCACCUUCUACCAACAUUCUUCAAUGGAAGAGCUGAAAGAGCUUCACGAUAGAGUUCUUCGGGAAAUCAAAGCUGAAGAAACCAUGCAGUGA